AUGGUUUUUAAGACAUUUAGUUUUUAAUCCUGGUAAAAUGCUUUCGAGAAACGACUUCCCUCCGAUAAUGAGCAAUUCUAAGAUAUAAUACUAGUUGAACAUAAACUUUCUGAAGAAAAUCUUAUUUUAAAUAUCUCAAAUUAAAAUAUAAAUUAUGAUAGUCUUUUUCACAUUAAAAUAAUUUAAAAAAUCUUCUCUCUCCUUUAAAACCUUCUCUAAUCUACUUUAAUAAAAACAAAAGAAAGAAAUUUAAAUAACAUCAUCUAAUAAAUAAAAAAUCUUUAAAUUAAGAAAAAAAGUUAACUAAUUUAUAAAAAUUUAACAGAAAACAAAAAAUAAAAAUCUAACAGAAAAAUAAUUCAUUAGAAAGAAAAAGAAAUAAUAAUAAAAGAAAACAAAUUAUGA